CAGACUUCCAAAUAUGGACAUGUGAGGUAUAAAACAUUGGUAUUAGAAGACUAUCUUGUGUCCGCUCCUGCUUUUCACGGCGGGGAGAACAUUGUUGGUCAUUCUGAAAAUUGUACGGUCUCGAGCAAGACAUUGUAACAGCGGGUUCUUGUGGCAUUCCUCCCCUGCAUGUGCGCUAGUUGACAGGGGUGUACCAUACAUCUAGUCCCGUGUACAGCACCGUUUAUAUUUCUACUUGCGGACACUACACGGUCACACCAGACAGACAGACUGUGGCCGCGGCGACUGGGAACGUUCGAUCACAAGGUUUCCUAUCCAUCUACUAACUACACUGAUGUGGGUGUAGUAGUCUGGGUGAGUGACAAGACCAUUGAAAAGAAACAGACAAUAUGAGUAGUACCAAAAGGAAAGCAGAAGGGCACUCUAGGAACAUGGGCAAACUACGAGCCAUGAAGUCUGGAAGCUCCAGAACAGACUCAGAGAGAGACUCUGGCUUCUCAGAUGCCAGCACCAUAGACCCGACAGAUUCUGAGGGCUCAUCGCACUCGGUGUCCAAGAGAGAGGUUCAGCACCCUGGAUCAGUGUUGGGGGCACAGUCCUCACAGCUAGCUGUGGUGGGGGGGUCCUACUCCAACAUGUCCCCCAUGAUCAUCCAGCAGCCUCAGGUCGUCUUCCUACAACCUGUGGUCUCCCACUGCACCACCUCCAACCCCAAGGAGGCCUCCUCUAAACACCGGCGCCCAAAAAAGUUUCUUCCCAUCCUCAGGUCCUACCCCAAGAUUGCCCCUCACCCUGGGGACAGCUCAAGUUCCUCUGGGAGAGGAAGCUCUUGUUCUUCCUCGUCGGGGUCAGAGAGAAGCGGUUUGUCCUCCAGCCACCGGGAGCGCCAUCACAGCCACAGAGACAAACAGCAGAAGCAGCAGUCUGGUAGUUCUAGCUCUGGUUCUUCUGGUUCCAGCACCCUCAGUUUCCCUCCUCCAACUAGCUCUCUGUCCCCCUCUCCCCAGCGCAGGCUCACCCUCACCCUCUCCCUCACAGACUCCAGUGCCUGUAGCAGCCCUGCUAGACCCUCCCCCGCCGUCAGUAGAUCAGAGUACACCCCCGCCCCGUCCUUGACCGUAACUCCUUCUCACACCCUCAACUUUGGGCAACCUGAGAAACUCAAGUCCCAGCCUCUUUCUCUCCCAAAUCACGCCACCACAACCGAUAACGGCGAUGGAGAUGACCACGACAUCAAGCGUAAGCGCUUCUGCAACACGUACAACAUCCUGUCCAAGUCUGGCCUGCUGGACAUCACCCUAAGAACCAAGGACCUGCUCCGUCAGAACCGCAGGACCCAGGGAGACCUGGACCGGCUCAAGGAGCACACCAACCUCUUCCUGCAGGCCCUGCAGACCGGAGACACCAGCAUCUGGCGCAAGCUGCAAACCAGCCUCCAGGAAGAAGAGAAGGAGACUGAAGAGAAAGGGAAGGGCAGUGGGCAGCAGAGCAUCUUAAAGGCAGAUACAGAUUAGACCUGGACAGUUACUCUGACCCUGUCUCCCUGCACUGCUGCCUGGUUCAGCUACCCUAAACAAGGCCAGGCAAACUCCCUCUACACACUAGCCUGCCUACUUUACCCUAAACCAGGCCAGGCAUAUUCCUGGUAAACACUGUAGCCUGCCUGCCUUACCCCCCAAAUCAGGCCAGGGUGGAUGGGAGGCUUCUGUAUGAUAUGAAAUCGCUCUAUUCCCUAUAUAGUGCACUACCUUGACUCUAUAUAGUGCACUACUUUGAUCCUAUGUAUAGCGUAUGGGGAAUAGGGUGGUGGACAAUGCAUUCUCUCUUUUCUGUUGUACCCAGCCUGGCUCGCCUUCUUCCUGUCAAACCACCUUCCUGCUUCUUAGAAGAAGUCUUCUUGUGCUCUGAGUAUCUCUGAGAUAAGCCCUAAGGGACUUUUUUACUGGAAGCUGAAAGUGCCCACCACUUGACACUUAUAGCCGUCAUCGUGAUGAGUAAAAUAGGCCUAUAUUGAAGAAGACUUGCAUGGUAUAGUUAGUAAGAGUGCUUGGUACCUGAAUUAAACCCAACAAAACCACACGUUUUUCAUGAAAAUAUAUGGUGUUAAUUUAGGCUCAAACAAAUAUGUUUAGUGAUAUGUUUUACAAUACCCACUGGGCACACACUGGUUGAAUCAAGGUUGUUUAAAUUACGUGGAACCAAUGUGGGGUAGACGUUGAAUUGACGUCUGUGCCCAGUGUGUAGCCACUUAUACAGUAGGUUUCCACUGGAGCACGUGUAAGGGGAAUGGAAAGCAAGCAGCACAGAAUAAUUUUUUCCCCUCGUGAAUUCAUGGACUAAAGACAGUGAUUUACAUAGACUCCUUUAGGACUCUAGUGAGGAUACUGUUCAUCAAAGCAUUUUUUUAUACAACAAAGACUAAUGAAAGUCCCUCAAAUGGAAGAUGGGCUGAAAUCUGUUUGUCAUAACAUUUUUUGUAAGAGAAUUGUCAAGGCUUUAUCCAAAAGCAGAAUUUUAUUUAAAACAUUUUAUUGUAUUUUCCUUCAAAUAAUUAGCAGGUAGUUCCAAAGGAAUUUCUAUGGAGCGUUGCUUCUUUUCUCCAAGGCAGAAAUGAAGAUUAAUUUGAGAACAUCGAACCUGCAUAGCUUAUUUCUUUUGCAAAAGGGAUGUUUUUUGAUAGUUUCAAUCGCUGUCCUUUUAGUCGAUGUUCAUUUAAGUAUAAAUAAAAGCGUGUUUACUGUGCUGAACCAAGCGCAUAUAACAUAUACUUCUCUUCAUAAAAUGAAUGCCUUGAAAUAAAUAAAAAAAAAUGGUGUGGGAAGUUACUCCCAAGUAAGACUAAGUUGGCACUACUUAUCAUAAGAUUAAGUUAUUUUUUAUCUGUUAUUAUUUGUGUUUUGUAAUAGAUACACCAACAUACAGUAUCUCUCUCCAAUGUUUGGUCAUUCAUGGUCUUAUUUAGACAAUUGAUUAUGUGGUGUCAAGGACAAAAACAAAUUAGUUCUCUAUACGAUGACAGACUCUCAGACAUACCUUAGUGCCACAUCUUGACAUUUUGUCCUGCAAAGCAUCUUUAAUGGUUUGUGUGCCUCAGAGUUGUUACAAAUACAACGAAUGUGAUAUCAUUUGCUCAUUUGCUAGAUGUUAUCUUGUGUAAAUACUAGUAAUAGGCCUCAGGUCAGCCAUUUUAAAAUGUGAGCUUCCUGAAUUUGUCAUCUUUAAGAACUGAAUAGGACAUGUAUUUGCUUGUUACCGCCGUUUGAAUAGGUGAAAAGUGUAAAUGUUUGCUAUUGUUGAUUGGAUACAUAUAUUGAAACUUGACUCAAAUUGGGAGUCUUGUAUUUAAAUGUUGGCAGCUUUUUUGUAUCAUUUUACUCUGCCUUCUUAUCGCAAAGACAUCAAUUAAUUGUGAUUGUAUUUCUCAAUGUUUCAGUAGCACAUUGGUAAUAGCUUGUGAUUGAUGACAAAUGGUCCAUAGCCCUAACAGAUAAUUAUGUACCAAUGUUUUUCUAUUACUAUUCUUCUUUAGAUUAUACAAUACCAGUCAAAAGUUUGGACACACCUACUCAUUCAAGGGUUUUUCUCUAUUUGACUAUUUUCUACAUUGUAGAAUAAUAGUGAAGACAUUACAA